AUGGAUGGUACCGGGAUGCAACAAGAGCCCGUUGGCGUCACAUCAACUGAAAAUCGUUGCCACAGAAAUGACACGAUCGCAUACGACAUCGCGGAGAGCGCGCUACUAACGAUCAAUACGAACACUCUGUUUCCCAAUGGUAUACCGCGUGAUUUCUCCAUUUUGGUCGUUGCCAGGCCAAAAGUCGGAUCCCCGGUCGCGACGUUGUUUGCGAUCUACAGCGACAGUGGUGAGGAACAGUUGGUGCUAUCGUUGGGCAACGACGUCGUUCUUUACUACAGCACAACCCCGGAUGACGAGGACAAACCGAUCUCGUUCGGGAUUGACAUUUCCGAUGGAGAGUGGCAUCGUUUAGGGAUCAGCAUCAAAGGUGACACUGUCACGCUGAUUCUCGAUUGCGCUCGACAAGUUUCCAAAGUGUUGCGCAGGAGGCUCGACGAGACGAUCAGCGUCAGCGGUAUCAUAAUCAUCGGCCAACAGAUCGUCGACGGGAAUAUGUAUACGGGUGGCCUGGAGAUGUUGAAGAUCGCUCCGAUACCAGACGCAGCUUACGAGAUCUGCACGAUUUUCGCGUCAGAUUGCAGGGAUCAGUCGAGACACAGAUCAUUCGAACACGGUGGUUAUUUAAACACAAGGAAUUACGGCCCUCUAUUAUUACGUACAACCGUGCCUACUUAUCACGAAGGUAUCACAAGUAUCGAAGAUACUGACACAACAGUUCGAAGAUCCAGUUACGCGGGUGAAGCUCUUUCAACCAGUAGAUCGUAUCAUCAAGCGAGUAACAACAAUCUGGACCUGUCUGAAAGUUACGGUAGAACGUAUAGGCCCAAUGCUUCGUAUAACGAGCAGGAUGAAAAUAUUGUAAGAGAGGAGUACGAGGAUGGGAGCGAAGGCAGGAUCGAAGACGUCGGGGACAGUGACGAGUAUAAUAAUUUAGCUUACAAACACGCGACGGGAUCAACCGUGGGAACGUUCCUUCAGAAUCAAAGUGCCGUUUUCAACAGCGUUGCCUCAGCUACGUCAGUAGAUCGCUAUCAAACGACAACGCCAAAAGUUUCUGCAACUUCCGACAGUUUGACUGGAGAGAGUCAAGGAGGUUUGAAAUAUUCUGAAUCGUCGGAAGGACCGUACUACAAUUCCGUUUAUUAUAGUAGCAGAGGUCCAGUUGGGCCGCGGGGAUUCCCGGGGCCUCCAGGCGCGCCCGGGCCAUCCGGUAAGAAAGGAGAACCAGGAAGAGAUGGUUUAACAGGUUUGCAAGGCGCUCCCGGUCCAUCGGGAAACGUGUUCAUAAUACCAGCACUGAACCAACAAGGGAACGAGAAAGGGCCAGACGGUCAGACGGAAGCUCUCAGGCAAAUGCUUUCACAGCACAUGAUGGCCAUGAGAGGUGCCGAAGGUCCAAUGGGCCUGACAGGUAUUGCUGGACGCGAAGGACCACCCGGACCUCAGGGUCAGAAGGGAGAACCUGGAGAAAUUGGCGAGCCUGGACCUCGUGGUAUUCCUGGAGAUACUGGUAGAGAGGGCAGACGUGGCCGACCAGGAAGAGACGGAGAAAGAGGUUUAAGUGGACCACCAGGAAUGAAAGGAGAACAGGGUGUACCCGGGUUGCCUGGCUUGCCAGGAGAUAAAGGCGAAAGAGGACCUGUGGGUGCCACCGGUGAACAAGGUUUACCAGGUCACGAAGGACAGCAGGGUGACGAUGGUCCCCCAGGAUUACCGGGUUUACCGGGUGAAAUGGGGCCUAGAGGAUUCAUAGGACCACGAGGUUUCCCUGGAUUGCCAGGGAAUCCCGGUAUUCCCGGAAGCGAGGGUCCACCAGGAGCAAAAGGCAAUGCUGGUCCACCUGGUCCUCCAGGCGGACCAGGUUCACCGGGUCCAAUUGGGCCUAUAGGUCCACCCGGACCUCAAGGUCUUUUGGGUCCAACUGGUUUAGUUGGGCCACAAGGGAAGCCUGGAAUCCCUGGUUUGCCAGGAGCAGAUGGAUCCCCUGGUCAUCCCGGCAAUCCCGGUGUUCCUGGAAUGAAAGGUGAACAAGGACCUCAGGGACCGCAAGGUCCGAUAGGUUUGCCAGGGAUACGUGGCGUGAAAGGCGAUGAAGGCAAACGUGGAAUACCUGGUGAACGGGGGGAAAAAGGAGAGAAAGGUCCGGAAGGAGAGAAAGGUGACGUUGGCGCAAAGGGAGAACCUGGACUGCCAGGUCCGCAAGGAAUUCCUGGAUUGGAAGGUUUGGAAGGACCAAAAGGUUUCGAGGGGCCACGCGGUGAAACUGGAUUAGUUGGAUUGCCCGGUGAGAAAGGUAAAACUGGUUCCCCUGGCUUUAUUGGAUAUCCGGGGAAUAUUGGCGAGAAAGGUGACAAAGGCCAACCGGGAAGAGAAGGUCCUAACGGAGAUAAAGGAGAACGGAGGUGCUCGUGGAAGAAGAGGUGGUGAAGGAUUACCAGGACCGAAAGGUGAUACUGGACAACCAGGUCCUCCGGGAUUGCAAGGAGAUCUCGGUCCGCCAGGGAUCGAGGGACCUCGUGGAUUUGUGGGACCUCCUGGACAAGCUGGCCUCAAUGGGAAAGACGGAAUUCCUGGCCCCCCUGGAGAACGUGGACCAGUGGGCGACUCUGGACCACCAGGUCCUCCAGGGGCGCCUGGUGUUAUUGGACCGCAAGGUCCAGCUGGUGAACCUGGACAACCAGGAGAACCUGGAAUUUCAGGCAAUCCAGGAACUCCCGGAGAACCAGGUCCCUCUGGAGAACAAGGCAAAGAAGGACUACCAGGGCCACCUGGUCUACCAGGAAAAGAAGGCCCACCAGGUUCCAGUGGUUUACCAGGAUUUCCUGGUGAACGGGGACCGGCUGGUUUACCGGUCGGUUUCUAA